CAAGUUUGGGUUCUACUGAUCUAGCUGAUUAUUAAGUGUUUUCCAAUGCAAGACGUUUCUGUGUUAAAUAACCACCUCCGCCCAGUGAGCUCGAGGCCCAGUCAUAAGCUCAUUCUUGUCCGUCACGGUGAAUCGCAGUGGAACGACUCAAACCUCUUUUGUGGGUGGUGUGACGUUCCUUUAUCACAUAGAGGGGAAAUCGAAGCAGAAAACGCCGGAAAGCUCAUCUUGGAGAAGACAUCUCUCCAUCCAGUGUCUAUCUACACAUCCUUUUUGGAUAGAUCCAUAGAAUCGGCUCAUAUCAUUGCCUCCACACUCUUCCCGGACUAUACCACCAACCCAGCCCGGUACGAGACGAAGUUUGUCAGCAGCUGGAAGUUGAACGAAAGACACUAUGGUGCUCUUCAGGGGUUGGAUAAAUCGCAGGUGUUGAAAGAGGUUGGACCUGAGAAGUACAUGUUCUGGCGUCGUUCAUAUGACGGUGUGCCUCCGUUGGCGGAAUCCUCUGGGAGCGCCGGGGCUAUUGAAGCUCGAGUAUCUGACCCGGAGAUUCUUAAGUACUCCACAAUUGCUACGGCGAAAUAUAAGGGGGUCGACCAAGAUGAGUUGCCCCGAGGGGAAUCGUUGGAAAUGGUCUUGCAAACAAGAGUGAGACCGUACUUUGAGGAGGUUAUCAGGCCAGAUUUAUUAGGUACAAAAGAUGCCGAGUGUAUUCUUGUGGUUGCUCACGGCUCUACAAUCAGGUCCUUGAUCAAAUACUUGUACAACGUAUCGAAUGAAAACAUCCAAAGAUUGAACAUCCCCACUGGAAGCCCCUUGUUGAUCGACGUUGAUGAAAACUGUGUUCCGGUGAACGAGUACACCUAUCUCGAUCCCUCAGGUGCCAAAGCAGGUGCAGAGAAGGUGAAAAACCAAGGAUUUCAUUAAUCCGAGUAGAACGGUUGAAGAGUCAAGACUUUUAGACAAACUAUAAUAGAAUACAGGGUAUAUAGCAUCUAACAUGGCGCUGAGUUGAGCGG